UUGAACUACAUCACUGAACUGCAACCCCAGGCCUUUUAAGUUUUGAUUUUGAGAUGGGGGGGGUCUCACCAAGUUGCCAGGGCUGGGAUGGAACUUGUGAUCCUCCUGCAUCAGCCUCCCAGAGUGCAGGGAUUAUAGGCUUGUGGCCCCAGGCCGGUUUUAACAAUACUUUCUUCUCAGCACUUCUAAUCUUCCCCUCCCCUCCCACCACACUUCCUGUCAGGCCGAAAGGGCCGGCCCCUGAACACCUCUUCCACCUAUUUAAGUGAGACAACUCUGUAGAAAAGCUCUUGGGACACUCCUUUGAGAGGUCACUGAUCAGAGGGCAGCAGAGCAGGUGGAGUAGCCUAGGAGGCCGGCAAGGGAGUUGUCACCCAAGUUUCUCGGGUCCUCGUGCCCGGAGCCCGGCUCCGCGUCGGAACCAUGGACAGCGCCCGCGGACUGGCUCUGGGGCGGUGUUUGGACGCCGCCGGCUUCUGGCAGGUGUGGCAGCGCUUUGAUGCGGACGAAAAAGGUUACAUAGGAGAGAAGGAGCUUACUGCUUUCCUUCACCAUAUGCUGAUGAAACUGGGUACUGAUGACUCAGUUAUGGAAGAAAAUGUGCACAAGAUGAAACAACAGUUUAUGACUGACCAUGGUGUUCCUAAAGAAGGUCACAUAAGGAUGAAAGAGCUGGCCAGUAUGUUUUUGUCCGAGGAUGAAAAUUUUCUUCUCCUCUUUCGCCUGGAAGCUCCCUUGGACAGCAGUGUGGAGUUCAUGCAGAUUUGGCGCAGAUAUGACGCAGACAGCAGUGGCUUUAUAUCAGGUGCUGAGCUUCAGAACUUCCUCCGAGACCUUUUCUUCCACAACAAAAAGGCCAUUUCAGAGGCAAAAUUGGAAGAGUACACGGACACCAUGAUGAAAAUCUUUGACAAAAAUAAUGACGGUCGCUUGGAUCUCAAUGACCUGGCAAGGAUUCUGGCUCUUCAGGAAAACUUCCUUCUUCAAUUUAAAAUGGAUGCCAGCUCUGCUGAAGAAAGGAAGAGGGAUUUUGAGAAGAUCUUUGCCCACUAUGACAUUAGUAAAACUGGAGCCCUAGAAGGCCCAGAAGUGGACGGGUUUGUCAAAGACAUGAUGGAGCUGGUCCAGCCCAGCAUCAGCGGACUGGACCUUGACAAGUUCCGGGGGAUCCUCCUGCGUCACUGCGACGUGAACAAGGAUGGGAAAAUUCAGAAGUCUGAGCUGGCUUUGUGUCUUGGGCUGAAAACCAGCCCCUGAUCUUCACAUGAUUUGCCAUUCACCCUUGCCGUGUUUCUGUGCUCUUGCUGCUGGAAUUGUAUCUUGUGCUUUGCCUCUUGGGAUCCAGUGGGCAAACUUUUCCACCUUAGCUUGGUGUUCUUGGGGGAGCGAGGGAUGCGAAGGCCCCUUCCAAUGGCAGGCACGGUCCUCCAAGCAGCAGCUGAGUCCUCUUCCCCUUGACCCUAGGCUUUCCUGUCCCCUACAAAGACUCAGUAACCUGUUAGAUCUGCUCUGCUCCUCUUCCCCUGCCACCUGGUGGCAGGGACAGCUUGGUCCAUCCAUCCCUGCUCUUCUCGUGGGCUCUCCGCUAAAUGGAAGUGUGUGUGACAGCUGUGGCAGUUCUGUAACUUCUGCAAGUAG